AUGGUAGCCCCGCUGCGAAUACUAAGGAAGGGGUGGAACGAAAAGUUGCUGCUCCAGCGAACCAUAUUCACGCAGGUGUUCAGGCGUGGCAACGUCAUCGGAAGUGGGACCCUCCCGUGGCAGUUCACCAAGAGGAACAUAAAUAUCUCGAGGAGAUGGUUGAACCAAGACCCCUACACUGUGCUGGGAUUAUCCCGUAACGCCACGACGAAUGAAAUUAAGAAGCAGUUUCGCUUGCUGGCCAAGAAGUAUCACCCAGAUAUUAAUCCCUCCCCAGAUGCAAAGCAAAAAAUGGCCUCCAUAACGGCAGCAUAUGAACUUUUGUCCGAUCCGAAGAAGAAGGAAUUUUACGACAAAACAGGAAUGACGGAUGAUAUGAAUUACGAUGGACAUGGGGCUUCCGGAUCAGCCUCUAAUUUUGAGGGAGCCUUUUCCGGGUUUGGAGAUGCCUCCUUCAUGUUCACUGAUUUUGCCGAGAUGUUCAGCAACAUGGCUGGUUCUAAGACGACUUCCACCAGGGGAGAAGAUAUACAAACGGAGAUUACUCUAAAAUUUAUGGAGGCAAUAAAAGGGUGCGAAAAAAACAUCCGUUUGAAUGUAAAGGUGUCCUGUAAUAAUUGUAACGGAUCGGGAAAAAAACCAGGAACCAAUUUAACCAUUUGUAAAGUAUGUAACGGGUCGGGGAUCCAAAGAAUUGAGAGGGGGCCAAUCAUCAUUGGAGUCCCCUGUAGAAACUGCUCAGGCAAUGGACAAAUUAUUAACAACCCUUGUAAGCAAUGCUCUGGAAGCGGAGUGAAAUUUCAAACUAAGAAUAUUACCCUAGAUAUUCCACCGGGAAUUAAGAAGGGAAUGCAAAUGAGAAUACCAAACCAGGGACACUCAGGUUAUAGAGGUGGGAAGAAUGGGCACCUGUUUGUUACUAUAAAUAUCGAACCGCAUAAGAUCUUCAAAUGGGUCGAUGAUAAUAUACAUGUGGAGGUCCCUCUAACCAUGAAGCAGUGUCUACUAGGGGGGGUGAUUAAGGUUCCCACGCUUAAUGGAGAUAUGGAUCUCCUCAUUAGACCCAAAACAUAUCCAAACUCGGAGAGAGUACUUAAAGGAAAAGGUCCUUGCAAAGUGGACUCGCAUACGAACGGUGACUUGAUAGUAAAAUUUAGUCUGAAAAUCCCAGACAGGUUGACCCCCAGGCAGGUCGAGUUGAUUGAGGAGUUCAACCGAAUUGAGCUCAACCAGGGAAGAGACGACACGGCGGAGAAGUCCAACCUGGGUAACAGCGGUAGUGGUGGUGGCAUGAAUGGUGGCAACAGUGGCAGUAGGGACAGUGCAAGCACCUCCCGUGAAGCAGGAUCUGCCAAGGGAGCGGAGAAUCACGUUCCGGAACCCCCACCCAUUUCACCAAAAAAAAAGAACAACGUCAACAACUGGGAGGGAAAAAACGACUCCAACGUACCUAUCCCGCCGCCCCCUCCGAAAUCGACAAGGCAAGGUGGGGAAGCCCACCGUGGAGAAGCACACAGAGAGAUGAACAAAGACACACGAUUGCACAACAAUAUUAAUACGACCCACUCCAAUGGGGAAGACUCUGCAAGGAAUAUCGGCAACUUCGACCAGUCCACCAUGUCCAGUACCAAUGUGAACACGAACAAGAUAGGUAACUCAUCCUAUAAGAUGGACGACACAGCGAAUAAGGGCAACUCCCCCGGUGCAGGUGUCCCCCCCGAUAACACAAUCAACGGUAGUAACCAGUCGGCCGAUUCGUACCAGCCAGGCGGGACGGAUGACAGAGGGGGGAAUUCCUCCUCCACUUUUUCCUAUGCCAAGAAAUGGAUAUCAGACAAGUUGAGGCCCAAAACGUAG